CCCGUGACGUCACGCCUGUUGAUUUCCCAGCAGGCAGCGCGAACUUUCUCUCAACUUCUUCUCUCGGCGCGGGCGGCGCUGUCGCGAUCUUCUUCCACCUCCUCCUCCUCGUCGUCGUCGUCCUCAUCACCACCACCACCACCACCUCCUCCUCCAUCAUCCUCCGCUGCCUUCUCCUCCGUGUGCCUCUUCCUCGUACCCGCCAUGUCGGGGCGCACGGCGCGAGCGGAGACGCGGAGCCGCGCCAAGGACGACAUGAAGCGGGUGAUGGCGGCCAUAGACCGCGUUAGGAGAUGGGAGAAGCGGUGGGUGACCGUCGGAGACACGUCACUGCGCAUCUACAAGUGGGUGCCAGUGCUGGAUGGGAAACCCCAUGAGAAAACGCGCAGGCCGGUUCAAGGAAAAUCCCUGUCCCUGUCUGCCCACACGUCUCCUGAAAACAGCUCCUCUCCACUCAUGACUGAGUACCAAGAGGAGAACAGUAACGAUAUUAGUGGGUGUUCCAGUCCUGGAAGAGACAUUUCAAGCCAACCCCCGGCUCUCGGAGAUGAUGAAGCAGCCAUGUCUGUGCCAGAUUACGAGCAUCCUCCAGAACUCACCAAGGAGGAGCCACACCCCAUCUUUUUACACGGACAGCAGGUGCUGGAGGAUGAGGUGGCACCCCCAUUGAAGAGGAUGCGCACGCAAGAGGAGCAACCGGCAUCGCCGCCGCCUCCUCCUUCUCAGCCACAGCCAGAGCCAUCAUCGUCGUCAUCACCGUCGUCGGCAUCGUGCCGGUCCCAGCUGCCACUCGAGACGGGAGGACCAGAGACCCCGCUCUCGGCCGCCCCAGAUGCCAACGACGGCAAAGAGGAGGAGGAGGAGGAGGAGCAGGAGGAAGAAGAGGGGGCAGCGGCGACGAUGCCCAUGAAGGGCGGGACAUCUGACCUCGCCUUGUCUACCCCAUUCACCUCGUCGUCUUCUUCCUCGUCACUUCCGCUGGAAGAUGGCAAAAUGGAGAACUGUGCUACGCCAGUGGAGUGAUGGGGGAAGGAGAAGAGGUGGGGGAAGGGGUGAGGUGAUGAUGGAGGAUGUGGGGGGUGAGUAAAGGAGUGGGGACAAGUGAGGAGAUAGCGAGCAAAGGGGGUGGGAGGCGUCGCGAGUGAGGAGUGAGUGAAUGGGAGGGUGGAGAGUGUGCCUGAGAUGAGUGGGUGAGGGGCGAGUGACUUCCUCUCAACCUUUUCAUCAUCGUUGGGGUGGGGACUCACUCCUCCACUGCCAUCCCUGCUGUCCCUAUGGUCUGGAACUUCCUCUGUCUGACAACCACACGAAUGCGCCCCCACCCUGUUUCAGUUAAGGCUUGAAACUUUCUACAUAUGACUGUUUCUCUCCCUCGUACGCUUCAUUCCCAUCGUGGCUGCUCUGCAGUCUCAUUCCCUCCUGCGCCUCUCCAUCUCUCGUAUGAAUGCUGCCCCUGAUGCUUGUAAAGUAUCUUGAGAGGCAGUUUUAUUUAGACGCUUUGUAAAUCGUGUUUCUAUUGUAGCGAGUGAUGGGCGGGAGACCACGGGCCAGUGAUGGCUAGGUGAGUGUGGGUGAAUGGGCAAAUUCAUCCAUGUAGUCAACCGAUACGUGAUGAGCUCAGGCACAUUUAGGAUUAUUUGGUCUUUGGCAGAGAUUUAUUCAAUCAUUUGGGCGUAGGUGAAGGAGCGUGUGCGAGUGAGAUCAUGCGAGAGAACGAGUGUCAAAGCGAGCAAGCGUAGGGAUAGGAGUGUACGAGCCAAUCUAUGGUUCUCGUCUGUGUCCGGCAUUCCCAUUGCAGUGCGGAGCUCUUGCCAGCAAAAUGCUCAGCUCUGUAGGUGAAAUUAAGUGAAGGCCGUUUGGCGGAGCCCUCAACACCGCUUAAAUCCUUCGACGCACGCAUCCUCGUACACACGUGCGCGCGCGCGUUUGAGAGGCCAGUCUUUCAGCGCAUGUAGUGUCUGCUGGGACGUGCACACCCAGCGGGUUUCAUCUGAGCGGUCGGCCUCAAGGAUUGUUCAAUGUCGCCAAUGUUUUCUAGCACAUACAUGGUGCGCUCUCUCUCCCAUUGCUUCGCACACUGCUCAAGAGUUACGACCACAUGAAAAUAUUAGAUUCUCGAAGUAACAAUUUUAGCAAUACACGUGUCUCCCAACAACCAUCGUUUUGUCGUGCAAUAUACGUACAGUCGUAAUUUAAAUAGCGGCUGAAAGGCCUUUACAACUAUGGUUAUAAAAUUGUCACAUGGCAAUGCAAUUAUCACUAAAUUCAGAAUCCCGAUUUAAUGAAAAAUAUAUUUUGUUACAUUGCAGUGAAUGAUAGGGCCUCUAAUGACUUGGAGGCAACGUGAAUUGAAAAACAUCGGUCCUUACGCAAUUGUUAAGAUUAAAUUUUGAUUGACAAAUCCAUGCAUCGGUACUCCCCUACUUGCAACUAUGCGUUCAUUGGACGUGCAUACCCAUCGACCAUUCAGCUCUGCGUACAGUUUGGUUCACCGGCUGCUGUACAGUCCGUGCUCAUGAUGGAUGUUGGCAACGUUGGGACUGUUCCUUCACGUGCGGUUCCACAAACUCCAGCCCUCGCCGUCCUCCACCUUUCCACGUUUGCCAGUCUUUUGUUUUCUUGUUCGGGUACAAAUUCGACUGUCGCACGCUGCAUGCACCGGAUGAUCGAUAAACAUGUCCUGUGCUCAUUGCUAGAGAGCGCCACUUGAAAUUAAUAUUGAGGUCUUGCGUGUGUGUCAUGUGUUUGCCAAACACGAGGCGGCACGCAGCAUGUGGUCACCGAACAGAGAAAUUGAUUAGAGGGUAUACCUCGAGGACUUAAGUUUAGAAACCCUUCCCCCAGAAAUAUUUCUGCACGUGAUUUUUAUUGUUGAAUUGCGAGCGAGUUGCUAGGCACCUGACUGAGAUGUCAAUUUUACGAGAUGACUUGUGACAUUUCAGCUGGGUGAUUCAGUGGUCGGAGAGACAACCUCUCCCAUUGGGCAGCUGCGAGUUUUCACCUCACUGGGGGCCAUCGAAUCAGCCCACCCUCAACUCCAUGUAAAAAAAAAAUAAGUACCACUUUGUGAGAAGUCCAUGGUGGUCGUCGGCAUGGAGAGAUUGACCUCUGGCAAGGGAGAAUGUACAAUUUGUAACGCAUUUUGAAUGGCAUUGUCGAAAUGUGGUCAGACCAGAGUCUGCUGAUUGAGAUGCUGGGACGGAGUGAACGCGCGGUCUGUGCGAUUACUCACCGGAGGGAAAGAACUGAGCGAGGUGAAUUAAUGUAAACGUUAUGUCUGUUAUCGUUAAUAACCGCUGAGGUCUGGCUCUUCGGCUGCCCACAGAAUGAGGCAGAGGUUUUUUAACCAAGGGGUGUUGUCAGUGUUGAGGUGAGGUUUUGUUUUAAAAAGGGGCUUUCCCACUGGAAGUAAUCUUAACCAUCCGGGAUAACAUCCAAUUCGGCUUGUCAAGGCAGUUGCUGGUGAUGAAGCCAUUCCUUUGCCAUCGCUUCUGCUCGAACCCUCGGCUCUUGCAUGGGCGAUAUCCAACCUGCAAUGUUUGCGUUUGCAGGAUGCCACUCCAAUGCCUAUCUUGGUGACCUGCCCUUCUCCAUCCUGCACGUGUGCCCUGUCUAUUGCAACCUCUUAACAUCUACCUUGCAUUCUUAACCUAUUCUCUUCUGAACCUCUUUUUACAAUGAUGUUUUACCAUUGCAUUAAGUUCCAAGCACCUGCAAUGCACCUGUAUUCAAAGACCAGAAGCUUAUUUUCCAGUUGCUUUGUUAAAGUCCAAAUCUGAUAAAGGUAAUUCUUGCCUCAAACCAAACUCCCACCUCUUAAUACUCAUGUUGACCUCUCGACUUCCAAAGCAAUUUACAUAGUCCACCAAAAAAAAUACCCAGCGAAUGCAAUACAUCUUUUCUUACAACCAGGAUAAUUUUUUUUUUUCAAUUAUACGAGUUGAGAUCACUCAAGUCUCCGAGGCUCGUUUUAAUUCGGCUUCUGCUUGGAUUGUUUGGCCAGUUUUUUUUGCGUGUCAGACGGGGAAUGCAGUGCGUGGAGGGAAACCCACGUGGCGAGGGGAGAAACGAUCCGACUCCUUUUACAGAGCCAACUCUGCUUCCAAACCAUUACCCGUCUCUCUUGUGAGCUGACAGGGUCUUGCCAACACCACUGCUCAUCUCUGCAUGGGUCACCAAUCCUGCCACCUUCAAGUCCGAGAAAAUAGGUGCACGUAAUUGUCACUGCACUGAGAUGGUGAUGGUAAGCGCUGUGAGUUUAACGAGGCUAGGGUAGGAAAAGUCGGGUGAAUGGUGUGUGCACGUGUGUAGUUGGUUUUGAGUGGAGCAGUAGUGUAGUUCUUAGCACGCUGCACUAUGAACCUGGCGACCAGAGUUUGAUUCCCACUGAUGGCCAAUACCAGUGAUUAUCUGAACUGUUCCUGGGCCUCUUGUCUCAGCCUCAUGAGUACCUGCUGCAAUCUAUAAGCAUUGCCAUUGGGGAGAUACAGCUGGCGAGGCAUGGUGCCAGCCACCCACCCACCCCCUCGCAUGCCAUGCCGGAUAUAAUAGGUGCUCACGAACAACAUUUCCCCGAAAUGUCUGUUCAGGUUAGACGGGGGAUCUUUGUAGUGGAAAUUCUUGGCAUGUGAUAAUAACAUUGAGCCAUCCAUUACGGUUGGUUAUGCUCAUGAUACACGCUACCACGUGGCAAAGUAGGUUUUUUUACGAUUCGCUUUAAUUGAAAUUGUUUCAUAUUUACCCUGCAGCCACCGGAAAUCAUUCCUGAAAAAAACCCCUCUAAACUCCAAUGGAAUCGACACCCUGAAUCAUGAAAAUAAAAUAGGGGGAAUGUCAAUGUGUAUCACACGUGAGAGCCAAUUGAAAUGCCUUUAUUCAUGGGGUCACAUCAGACCUUGGUCAUGUGAUAUAAUCAGAAUCUCUCCUGCAUAUAGAGGCAGCUCGAAGUCGAGACAGGACUUUUUCCUCGUCAAAUUAUAAUUCUAUCAACGUUCGGUGGCACCGUGGUCGGAGCACUUAAGUCGGUUAUAAGAUAUGUUCAAAUCUUAUUUUGAGCGUCGAUUAAGCUCAGGCCAUCAUUCUUCCUGGAUCGAUAAAACAAGUACCCAGUUCGUGCAAAGUUCAUCUUGGGGAAGUGGAAUUUCCACCACUGUGUUUGGGGUCUCCGGCAGAGGUAUAUCAACUGCCCGGCGGCAAUUCUUUGAGCAUGGAGGCAUGUGGUGGCUUUAAAUUGUCGUCUUCAGCUGCAAGAGGCCGGCCCCAUGAAGGAAAGGGUCAGAGUCGUGGGAGCCACUCACAGCAGAUAACGAAGAAGACAUUUUUAAUCUUCAUAAUAUAUCUUAAUUGUUAGAUCGCAGUCCUAGUCGAAUUUGAAAAACAAUCUGCAGAAUUACUUCUAAAACCUGAAGUAAUCCUGAGAGACUGAAGUAAUCCGUCAGCACGGAUAUUAUACAUGUCGUCUCAAACUUUCUUCAGUACAGUGCUGUAUUUGAAUGCACUUUAAACAUUGAUUAGUGCAUAGAGUUAUGCCUAUAAGAAGGGUAAAUUAAUUGGGACACGGGGGAGUGACUGGAUGCCUAUCUCUUACCCCGUGGGUUAAGAAUUACUCGAUUGAAAUAUACAUAGCACUCAAACCCCCACUAUGAAAACAUGACAGGACCCUACUCAAGGAUUCGUGGAAUUUGGUGUUGCAUUGCUCGGUAUACAAGCAUAAUGGUGGUAAUGUCAGGGUGCUGGGCCAGUACCACUGAAGGUCCUGAGUUUAAAUCUGAGUUUAGGAAACCUGUGAUGAUUAAACUAGUUUCUUGUGAGCAGCGAUGGAUGAGAAAACCUCAAAAUUAUUACACAAAAAACACCCACUGUGUGAGUUAUUUUAAUUUGGAUAGAAUGCUUGAGAGGUACAAUUUGUGAUAAUUGUAUCAGAUCAUUGACAGGCGGAUGAUUAUUUAAUACCAGGAAAAAGCACGAUCUAUUGUUUGGGGAGAGAGGGGGCCCGUUGAAGCUGGCGAUAAACUGCCGCACGUACUCCUGCCUGGCCUUUUCCAAUUCGGAAGAAAAGUUGAUGAAGUACUUAGAACAGGAAAGGGUUGAGUAGUAUCAUCUGGGGUAAUUACCCAAAAUGUGGAUGUGAGGCUCAUUUAGGUCACAACCCAAACUUUAACCCCUCGGGACUGCACAGACCCAGAGCUAUAAACGAUGCUCCUGCAGUAACGCGUAUUCACCAUUUUAUAUAUUUUUAAUCACCUUUCGUUUAAAACUCCAAGGGAGGUGAAUCACUUGGUUCACUGGUUCGUCGUUCCGAUCUUGUUAUUUCAAGGGGCAUACGAACGAAUCACAUGCAACAGAGAUGAAUUGAAAAUAAUAUAUCACACCUUUGGUGCGUGUUAUGUCAGUAUGAAUUGCUGCAUUGUUACGAGCCUAUAUUGUACUACAUCGUCAAAGUUUCACGAUUGGAUUUAGCCUAUAAAUUAUGCUGCUUCUCAAGACGCUGUACAGAAAUAAGGGGCCCAUAUUUAUUUUAGAGAGUUUAUCGACCAAUGCAGGACUUGUUUCCUUAGAGGCACGAAUUGGGUGGUUAAUGCAGAUAGGUGGUGUACUUCUACUCCUGACGACGACUGUUCAGAGCUUGGAGCUUGAUGUCUCCAGCCUGUAAAUGCCCCCCACGGGUCUCCCUUGUGUGCUCGUCAUUGUUGGCGCCACCCAACCCCCUCGCUGCACACGCCGAUCCUAUUUACGGUCAAGGCAUUGGCUGCAAAGAAACACAAAUUGGCGCCGAGCAUGAUUAUGUUGUGCGUUGUUGCAGCUUCACGCAGUGGUAGGUUCGCAUCGUGGCCCUAUAGGUUGAGGGCUAGCUUUCAGGCAAUGCCCCUCGUAUAAUAUGACAACCCAGGCUGGCAUACACGGCACUGGGAGAGGGCAUUGCGGGAGCGAUUGCAGCGGUAUAGCUCACUGGCUAAACACGCUUGUAGAGGGAUUACCACUUGGCACACUGUACAAUCGUACAGCUGCAGUGCUUAGAACCGUCGCACGGAGCUGGGAUGAUUGAGCAACUUUGUUCACAAACUGAAUCAGAAUUUUUAUUUGAGAGUGGAGGAAUCCGAUGAGCUAUGGAACUUUUUCACAGCUGUCCGGUAUGGGCGGGUCGGCAAGUUAGAGCAGAAAACAAUGCCCAAAAAUGAUACGAGUGCAAACUGGAGAAAAUGGUAAGAAAGUGACUAAAUGUAAGCAAGUAAAAAAUAAAUGAUCAAUUUAUCAAGCUUGGGCAAGGGAGCAAAAACAACAGAACAGUCCCAGACCACACCAAGAUAGUCCCUCAAGAAAAUGUAACAUUAACAUAGCUCUAUCGAUCACAGUGAUUGUAUAUAAAAAAAAAAACUUAGCAACAAUUACAAUGGCCAGUGCAUUCUAUUUGGACUGUAGGUAGACCAAUACAAUAUGGCAAUGAAUAAUGUGAUAAAGAUAAUGGUCAUUGAAUUAACGUUCGUAUGAAGCCCAAAUGUUCUCGGGACUAUUGUAUUCACUAAUGCGCUACUGGAAAGGUCGCGUUUGCAUACGUGUCUGCAUAUAACAGAGUAUUUGACAGUAACCGAAAACUUGAAUAUUCAACAGACAUUCAACGACUGCUGGAAUAUCCCGGCUCGAUUGUUCCGCAGCAAUUUAAACUUGUAAUAAGGUUUUCUAAAAGUCUUCUACACGCGUGGCCGUCGUGAAAUGAGAUGUCCUCAGCCACCAUCGGCCUGAAGCGCAUCUGGUAGAUUCCUGCGGUGGAAAAUAUGACGUUUCAUUACAAAUAAAAAAUGAAAACGCAGCUUUUUUUUGCCAAAUAGGCAGCUUGAUACCUGGCGAGACAUUAAUAGCCAAGUAAAGAUGCAGUGUCGUCAGUGGUGUACACGCACUAGCAAAAACGCCUCCACUGUCUUAACACUGCCUUCAAACGGAAACGCAUGCACUUAGUGUAUAGUUUUCGGCUUUGUCCCUUAGAGCAGAGAGGCCGAGAUUGACUGAUAUAAACCUUUGCAAUGCGAUGACUUGGAAACACUCGGAAAUUGUGAAGUCGCUCUAAGUCAUUAAACUGCUCGGUAGGACGAUUACCCAAAACUUUAGCAUGAACGUAUAUACUCUACAGAGUGUACCCAAAGAUAUCAGUCAUUCAAACAUAAUUUGCAUUUUAAGCUGGGUGGAUGAAACUAUACACACUUGGUGUAGUAUCUCAAUUUUAUCGUAGGACUUUUGUCCAUCUACAAUUAAUAGUCGGGUUUAACAAAAUCUGAAGAGAUUUUCGCAGACUGGCUUGGCUGCUUUGACGUGUUAAACAGUUCGUAUGUGGAGGUCCUGCCAACGUGAACAAUUUCUUCGAAUUAUACUGAAAAAAAACUUCACGUACAAAUUUUACACGUUCUGCUUUCUCGUGUAACGAUGCCAGUUUCUAGGAGGGUACCGUGCUGACGUCUGUUUACAAAAAAAUUGAAACAUACAUUUCAAAUGGCUCUUUCAUUAUUACUCUUUAAAAUGCGACGAUGCAUUUCUGGACACGUGUUCUGUUAGAAGGCGGUGUUGACGGAGGGUGGGUGUCGACUUGGGUAGUGCUCUCGUAAUUAUUAUUAUCAGGCUUUGCUACAAAUCGCUUGCUUGAUGUAACAACUCGUUCGCGUGUCUUUGUUGCCGUCGGGGCGUUGUUCGAAGAGACGUGCUUCGUGCGUUUGACGAACGAUGGUGAUCGGACGCGUGAUCACCAAAAUCGUGUUUGCCUUUGUUUUUAACACCAUAUGGAUGCUUUUACAAAAUUUCAGCAGUGCGUCGGUCCCAGCGGCCGGUUUAAAUUAUCAGGAGGGAGGAGACAUCACUGAUACGACGCGAAUGGAGAGUCCAGCUUUUUGUUUUAUACCCCCCCCCCCUCUUCCAAGAUGUUUUUUUGUUUAUUGAAUUCCAAUUUCAGGGGCUGUGCAAUAAGGUGCACCGUUCAAAAUGGGCGCCUUUGUACAAUUUUACUCGAUUUAUGGAUGACAUGAAAAUAGCACGAGGCAUUCGCCUUUAAAACAUUUGUUUUGUUGUUGAGGUGGCUUACAGGGGUUGAUGCCUUUGUCAGGAUCAUUGAGCCAGUAACUCUGGUGGCCUGUGUUUGAAUCUGUGUGUCAAGUGCCAGUGAUUAAAACCAGGUAUGAAAAGGUACGGAGUUAAAUGGCUAUAGUCCAGCCACAAAUGACUGCACUAGAAACCCGAAGUGAUGAAUACAUUUUUUUUAAUUUAAGUUCUCGCUAGCCCAUCUCUUUAACAUCUAAAAUUAUUUCAUGUCGGUCGACUGUCAUUGCGCAAGAACACUCUUCGCAGCAUGAAGGAGUGCCGUCCGGCUUUGGGUGGGAGAGGUCUAUUGAAGCAACCCUGUGGUGUUGCCUUCCGGAACUGUCCCCUCACAUUGUGACGUUACACUGCUGACCAAAGGCAUGUUGGAGUGAUCAUGCGCAACUCCUGUAGGACAGUUUGAAUACGAUUGGUGAUUUAAAGGGGGGAAAAAAUGUCAGUGGCUCCUGUGUUGUGACAUCAAGAACAGGUUAAAAAAACACCCUUUACCCACGUAACCCUUUUCCAUUAAAUGAAUAUAAGUUUGAAGGACACGUUGAUGUUUAUUUAGCUCGAAACGAGAUGAUUUUUAAAAUUCGCACUUGUAUUUUUAGUCCAAUUUUUCCAGUUCCGUAAUAGCAAAAGUAUUCGUAUAAAUAAGCAGAAUUCUAAUAAAAGCGCUUUAAGGAAACCCA